AUGGCGGUCAACGUGCCACGAGCUUUGCCUAGUGCACCAAAAGGCUACAGGCCGACUGAGGUUGACUGCCCCGACACUCGCCCAGCCAUUCGCAGCGCUGCGCAUCUCUCCCCGCAUGAGACCUCGUGGCUCAAGGACCGCCGCCAGAAAGCCCUGAAAUCACUGAUAGACUUCUUCAGUCACGUCCAUAUAGCAGAUUUCGAUACAGUAUCCUAUAUCAACAAAGUGUCAGGAAAUAUAUCCAAUGUCCCUAACAUCGGUAUCGCUGUAUCUGGAGGAGGGUAUCGUGCCUUGAUGAAUGGCGCAGGGGCUCUGAAGGCAUUUGACAGCCGUACUAGUAAUUCCACUAGUACUGGACACCUCGGUGGAUUACUACAAUCAUCCACGUACAUCGCGGGCCUUAGUGGCGGUGGGUGGCUUCUUGGUUCUAUCUACAUGAACAACUUUUCCUCCGUUUCCUCCUUGCAGACUCAUGAAGCCGGAGAUCCGUGGCAGUUUUCGAGCUCCAUGUUCGUAGGCCCGGCUGUUGGCGGUGAUGCUUUGGGGUACUUUGAAGCAAUUCAAAGUGCAGUCCAAGCCAAGCGUGAUGCUGGAUAUCAUACCUCGAUCACUGACUAUUGGGGUCGUGCACUAUCCUACCAGCUCAUCAAAGCCCCUGAUGGUGGUGUCAACUAUACUUGGUCCUCUAUCGCGCAGACCAACGAGUUCAAGCAGGGAGAGAUGCCUCUACCUAUGCUUGUAGCCGACGGCCGCAAUCCCGGAGAACUUACCAUCAAAAACGUCACUGUCUAUGAAUUCAGCCCCUGGGAAUUUGGUACAUUCGACCCUACGAUAUAUGGCUUCGUUCCGCUAGAGUACUUGGGCUCAAAAUUCGAGGCCGGGAAAUUGCUCAAGGACGAGAGCUGUGUUCGAGGCUUUGAUAAUGCAGGCUUCGUCAUGGGAAGCUCAUCAACUCUCUUCAACCAGUUCCUUCUUAACGUCAAUUCAACCAAGAUACCGAAAUUUAUCAAGGAAAUUUUGAACAAUAUCCUCACUGACAUUGGAGACAAGGACUACGAUAUUGCACGCUAUACGCCCAAUCCAUUUUACAAAUACUCUAGCUCACCCCUUGCAGACUCGACUUCCUUGGAUGUUGUGGACGGCGGAGAAGAUCUACAGAACCUCCCAUUGCAUCCUCUAAUUCAGCCUGAAAGAAACGUUGAUGUUAUUUUUGCCGUUGAUUCAUCUGCCGACACCGACAAAAACUGGCCUAACGGUACGGCGCUUAUUGCUACCUACGAACGUAGUCUGGACACUAUCGCCAACAAGAUGGGCUUCCCGGCUGUUCCAGACGUGAAUACCUUCCUCAAUCUAGGGCUCAAUACCCGGCCAGCAUUCUUCGGCUGCAACAGCUCUAAUAUCACGGGAACUGGGACAUCUCCCUUAGUGGUAUAUAUUCCAAACUAUCCAUAUGUGACGCACUCGAACGUUUCCACCUUUGAUCCCGCCUACGACGAUAUCGAACGCGAUGCAAUCAUCCUCAACGGCUACAAUGUAGCCACAAUGGCCAACUCUACCCGUGAUAAGGAUUGGUCCGCAUGUGUGGGAUGUGCUAUUUUAAGCCGUUCCUUAGAACGCACCAGAACUCCAAUCCCUGAUAUCUGCAAUCGGUGCUUUGACCGUUACUGCUGGGAUGGGAAGCUGGAUACCAAACCCUCGGCUGGCUAUUACCCGGAUCUUUUUCUGAGUGAAGUCAACCCAACUAGUGUUGCUGGUAAAACUGCUUUGUUCCCAGGAUUUGGGAUCGUGGUGCUUACCACUGUCAUUCUUUUCCACCACCUUUCUCUCUUUUGA